AUGGCAGUGGAGGGACGGGAUGAUACUGUCAUUUGGCACCCCAACAAGUCCGGCCUUUACUCAGUCAAAUUAGGGUAUGCUCUAGCCAGAUCUCUUAGGGACCGAUCAUCGAACAGCUCUCCUUCCUCCUCUAUAUCCCUCGUCAAUAAUAUGUGGAAGAUUAUUUGGGGAUUAGAGACUCCACCUAAAAUUUGGCACUUUUGGCGCAAAUGUGGCACUUCGACGAUCUGCCCAAUCUGUCUUUCUGCUAUUGAAACAGUGGAACACUUGUUAUUUGACUGCUCUUGGUCUAAAGCUGUGUGGUUUGGAAGUGUACUUAACCUUAGAAUAGCCCUUGGCUCAAUCCCAAAUGUGUCUCAGUGGACAAGUGAUAUCAUUAGCCAAGCCCUCUCCACUUUCGAUGCUACGGCCUUUCUCAGCAAAAUUGCCACUGUGGGUUGGUUCAUAUGGAAAUCGAGGAACGAGUUCAUCUUCAACAAUAUCCCAAUGGAUCCUUUGGCAACACUCCAUAGAAUUGCUCAAUCUUGGACUGAAAAGGAUGACUUCUUAAGCACUAUCACCAAUCAAGAUCAUUGGCCUACUUCUCUAUCCUCUACCCCUGUUUCAGGAUGGAUACCAGCCAACUCUGGUUACUUCAAGAUCAAUUGUGAUGCUUCUUUCUGCCAGCGGAACUCCAUGGCUGCCAUUGCAGCAGUUAUGCGAGAUUCCAAAGGCCAUCUAAUUGAUGGUAACGCCAGGACUGUUUCGGCCUCUUCAGCCUUCCAAGAUGAGGCUUUUGCUGUCCGCAUGGCUUGCCUUAUGGUUCGGGCCCAUAACUUGUCAUUUGUGGAGAUUGAAAGUGACAACCAAAUGGUUAUCAAAUUGUGUGUUUCAGAGCAGGUCCCUCCCUGGGAGUUGAGUGCUAUUAUUCUGGAUAUUCGCUACUUCGCCUCAGCCUAUCAACUUUCCUUUUCAUGGACUCAUAGAUCCAACAAUCGUGUCGUAAAUUGGGUGGCCAAAACCCAAGCCUCUCAGGAUCUACCUGUGUCCUGGGCUGUGCUCCCACCUGUUAGUCUUUUAUCUUUUUUAUCUGCUGAUGUAUCUUCUGCUGAUGUAACCUCUGUUGGUUAA